GGGCCGCCGUAAUUCGUGUCACGGCUAUUUGGCGCCAAAUUGUACUUUCAUUUUGUUAUUGACAAACAAUUUCAACAAUGCCGGAAGAGAAUGCUUACGACCCUGAGUGUCUACCAGACCUCCUUCCCAUAUAUUAUAAGAAAUUGUUUCCCUAUGGUCCAUACUAUAGAUGGUUGAACUAUGGCGGCGUUCCUAAGGAUUACUUUAGUAAGCGUGAAUUCUCGUUCACGCUUAAGGAUGACAUCUACAUUCGUUACCAGAGUUUUUCCAACCAAGAUGAAAUGGAGAAGGAAAUUCAGAAAAGAUGUCCGUACAAGAUAGAUAUUGGAGCUGUCUUCUCUCACAGGCCCAAGGAACACAAGACUGUGAAGGCUGCGGCCUUCCAGGCACAGGAGAAAGAACUCGUCUUUGAUAUUGAUAUGACCGACUAUGAUGAUGUGAGGUCGUGUUGCUCGGGUGCUGAUAUAUGUGAGAGAUGUUGGCCGCUAAUGCAGAUUGCUAUCAAGAUCGUCGACAGGGCGCUCAGAGAUGACUUUGGGUUUGAGCACCUAUUGUGGGUCUACUCCGGGCGUCGUGGUGUCCACUGCUGGGUGUGUGAUGAGACUGCACGUAAACUGUCCCAGCCAGGGCGUACAGCGAUAGCAGAGUACCUGAGUGUCGUCAAGGGUGGGGAAAAUCAAACAAAGAAGGUUUCUUUGGACGAUAGGCCGCAUCCAUCCAUCACGAGCUCGCUGGAGAUAGUGCGGUCCCGCUUCAAGGACUAUGCAGUGAAGAAGCAGGACUUCCUUGGGAAUGAGGACAAAUACAAGAAAGUCCUCCAGCUUGUUCCGGAUGAAAAGCUUGCUGAAACAAUGGAGCGGGAGUUUGAGAGUACAAUGAACACAACACAUAAACGCUGGCUCUUCUUUGAGAAAAUGUGUGAGGAUCGCAGGCAGAAGAGUGAUGCCAAGAAGUCUCCAAAUCUGGAGGACGAGGUUAUGUUGCAGUACUGCUACCCUCGCCUGGAUGUCAAUGUCAGCAAGGGAGUGAACCACCUCCUCAAGAGUCCCUUCUGUAUACACCCCAAAACAGGCAGAGUGUGUGUGCCUAUCGAUCCAGAGAACAUUGACAGCUUUGACCCUUUCCAAGUUCCAACGGUCAGUGCUAUUGUGGAAGAGCUCAAUAAAUCUAGUGUGGGCAGUGAGGAGGGCAAGAAAGCCAGAGAUUACAACAACACAUCCCUCAAGCCAUGCAUCGACGUGUUUAUGCGGUUUCUGGUUGCUCUAGAGAAGUCCUGGAAAGGGAAGCUCAUCGAGCGGAGUGAUAUGAAAAUGGAGUUUUAGAGACCUCAGCCAUGAUUACACCAAUCUGUGUUCAACAUGCAGUGUCACUGUGUCAUUCAGUAUCUCACCUGCCCUGUCCCAUUUGGAUAUGAAGUCCUUUAGGCGAAGGGUAUUCCUGGUUGGUUACAUGACAGCCACAAACACCUUAUGACUACAUCUGAACAUAUUUAUACCAACACAAUUGAUGUGUUACAAUGAAUAUGAAACGUCUGUGAAAACUAGGUCUAAUACAUGUGGGUUAAGUGCCGCCACUUAUAAGCCUGUGCACUUCCCUUUCCACUUAAUGGAGUUUUUUGUUUAAAGGUUGUCUCUUCUUAAUGAAAGUCCAGUUUAUGCAGACAUUGUUACCCAUGAUUAGCCUGUGCAGUUCCCUUUCCACUUUAUGGAGUUUUUAGCUCUACUGGCCAAAGGCCUGAAGAGCUUAUGUCAUGGCGUGGUUUCCGUCGUCCGUCCGUGCGUGCGUAAGACUUUUUCUUGUUUAAGUGAUAAAGUCCACAGUUUUCAUCCAAUUCUUUUUAAACUUGUUCAGUGUAUUUAUAUUGAUGAGGACUCGAACCCUAUUGAAAAUGGGUUACAUCAGAGUAAAAAGUCCAGAAUUAUCUCCCCUUGUAUUUGAGAAAAUUGUGAAAUAAGGCUUGUUUACGCAAUAAAGUCCACAGUUUUCAUACAAUCAUUACCCAACUUGCACAAUGUCUUUAUCUGAAUGAUGAGUCAAACCCUAUUGAAAAUGAGCAAUAUCGGAGUUAUAAGUCCAGAAUUAUCUCCCCUUGAAUUUGAGAAAAGAAAAGAAAAUCGUUAACAUUUUGCCAUAACUUUUGCAAUAUUGAAUAUAGCAACUUCAUAUUUGGCAUGCAUGUGUAUCUCAUGGAGCUGCACAUUUUGAGUAGUGAAAGGUCAAGGUCAUCCUUCAAGGUCAAAGGUCAAAAAUAACAUUCAAAGCGGCGCAGAAGGGGACAUAGUGUUUCCCACAAACACAUUUCUUGUUUGUUUACAUAUAAAGUUCUUUCCUUUUGAAACUUCAACGGAUGUUUUAUAUCAUCAAGGGCCAGAACCCCAUUGAGAGUGAAGAAAAUUUGUCCAUCUUAUUGUUGAGAAGGAGCCAUUUGAAGUUUAAAUUUUACGUUUCUUCUUGUUUAUACGAUAAAUUUCCCAUGUUGGGUCUGUUUAUUAAAAACUUACUCAGAUUGUACAUACUAUCAAGGGCUUGAGCCCUAUUGUUUCCAGCCAGUAGAGCGAUUCAGGCCCUCAUGGGCCUCUUGUUUGUUUAUAGGUAAUCUCUUGUAAACAAAAGUCCACUUGAUGCUGACAUUGUUGCCAAUGAUGAGCUUGAGCAGACUGCGCCGGCUAAUCUGGGACUACAUUUUUUACGCAGAUGCAUUUAACUCCAUUUUGCCAUAGCAAGGCUCAUAUAUAUUUUUGUAUUUAUCAUUGUCUAAUUUAUACUUAUGAUUUGAAGUAUGUAGGCUGCAGUGUCGACUUUGUACAUGGAAACUGGCACUUGACAUAUUUAUUUUGACAAACUUGACCUGAAAAAAACAAACUCCUUUGAUUCGUGUUCAGUUGUGUACAAUAAUGAAUUUAUAAUUCAAUAUACCGUUAUGUUAACAGGGUAGAAAUUUGUUGUUUUUUCUCCUCAGAAUCAAACAUAAAAUAGCUGCCAGAUAAUGAAAUGAGAUAUCAAAUACUCAUGUGUUAUUUAGGUGUUCCUACUUAUACAUUCAUUGCUAUGGUGUAUUACAAUUAUUGAUAAACGUAUCAUUUGCUACCCUUGCAUGUUCUCGUAAGGAACAGGGUGUUGAAACUAUAUGUUUAUAUUAUGUCUUGACUUAAUAUUAUCAUUUGUAACUACCGUUGUACCAGGUGAUUGCAUGUUACAGCAAAAGGACAGUACCUGAACGGAGAAGUACAUUUUGGAAUAUAUGGCUGCAUUUUGUUGUUCUUACAUGUAUACAUGUAUGGAUGAAAUGUAUUGAAACUGGCAGACGUUAUCAAGAAAAUCCUAAUUUGAUAUAUGAAAUAAAAUAAAGUUAACAAUCAGUGGUCUCCGGAAGCACCGGCGGCCGGCGAUUUCGCCUGUUACUAAUACUCUAGGCGCCGGCUACUUUUCCAAAAAAUAUCAAUUAGAAACGGCCAGUGUCCGUGUUUAUACCAAUUUUGGCGCGAUACUUUCGAUUUCGUGUGUCAAAAAACUAGCUGAAUUUAAUUAUUCAUAUCCUCGAGUGCCCCAUUUUGACGCCUAAAAUUAGUCUGUUGAAGUUGUGUUGCCCCUAAUAGGGAUUUGGGUAAUCAAUAUUGUAUUAGAUAACACAUUUACCUUUUGUUUACACAUAUUAAAUUCAAUUGAUUGUGUUAUCAACCAAAAUAUAACUCAGCACCUUGCAUAUAACCGGUAGACUGUGUAAACGAUGCUCUUCUGCAUUUAUUAACGGCUGCAACAUGGGCCGCAAGGGUCUAUUGAAUUGUAUUGUUUUUACCGGUACAAAAUCAAUCAAAUUUAUAAAGAAGUUUGGAUGAGAUACGUGUACUUGACGUGUUUGAUACAUUAUAUGGUUUUGUUUAAUACUCUGCAAAAGCCCUUGAUAAUUUAACUGGUCUUUCUUCUAAAGUAAACGAUGUGGCAGUUCUUUAUGUUCAAAUAGAUGCCACUACAGGGAAAAUCACUGGAAGAGGAGGACCUGCAACUGCAUUAGAAUUAGCAAUGUGCAAGUGCAGCCAGCCCUGCAAUCUGGAGAGGCUAAAUAUCAGCUUGCCCUCCAAGCCCUUAAGUUAGAACUUGUAAUCUGAUUCAGAUUAAUCAAAUUUGAAAAUCUUUGCAAUUAAAAUGUUUUGUGUGUUUUUUUUAAGUUUGAGAGAUUUUAAAUAAAUAUUUAUUUUCUAUGAAAAAAUGCUGUAUUAUUUCAAUCUUAAAAGCUUUCUUGAAUGCGCCAGAUUGCACCAUUUCACUCCUUCAAUUUGAACAUUUUCCAAUGGGAGGUCCCCCAAACCCCCUUGACGGGAUGGGAUACCCCUCCCAAACCUUUCACACUCGGCACGCCACAAGCUUCGCGCUUAAUCACCGGCUACUGCAAUAAUAAAGCUGGCUACUCCAUUUUUUUCUGGAAAACACUGUUAACAACACUCUCACAUAUUUGAAAAAAGUAUAUUGGCUGUUCGGAUUAUUUCAAUAAUUGUAUGUAAACAAAUUGAUUUGUGGUGUGGAAUAUUGAAAUAAAGUUUUUAAAAAAUUA